GUGGCAUUAAUCUUUUGCACUACCGCCCAAAAGGAACCCGACACGAAGGCCGUCAAGGGUAGUAACUUAAGGAAGUGCAAAGGCACCGAACGGAAGUUCUUCCUGUGCAAUGAGUGUUUUUGUAGAGUUUUAAUCGUUAGCAACCCAGUUAUUGUCGUCGCAUGUUUUGGGAAGAAAGAACCGGAUGCCCUCAUUAUUCAAAAGCACGGAAGUGACUACUUCUAUGAUCAUGAGGAAAAGCUGCUUGCAGAGCUGGUCUGUUUGGCGAAAAUCCCUUACACGGGAGGUCUGUUAGGCUCAACGGUUUCAGCCCCGUUGGCAAUGGGUUCUAAUCGCGUUUCAAAACGCCCCCUGCCAACGUUAGGGGGCAGGGCGUUGAGUAAAGACCAAGAUGACGGCCGCUGGGCUGAGUCAGCGAACUGGCUCGCCCUAGCCAACUACGACCCCAUCCUCAACGAAUACUUCUUCGACCGACAUCCCGGUGUUUUUGCUCAAGUUCUCAAUUACUACAGGACCGGGUUAACGCUUUGUCUUUUCUUGGAAGACGACGAGUUUCCCAUUCUGUCGAUCUUGCGUGUGACCGGGAAGCUUCAUUACCCAACGGACGUGUGUGGUCCUUUGUUCGAGGAGGAGCUCGAGUUCUGGAGCUUGGACUCGAAUCAAGUGGAACCCUGCUGUUGGAUGACAUACACUUCAGUGAGUAUAAAUGUCUCCUUCCAAAUUUGCUAUGCUCAAACAGAUGUGCUUAUUUGUGGACCGAAAAGAAGUGAAGAGCAACAGCUGCUGGACCGGGAAGCUUCAUUACCCAACGGACGUGUGUGGUCCUUUGUUCGAGGAGGAGCUCGAGUUCUGGAGCUUGGACUCGAAUCAAGUGGAACCCUGCUGUUGGAUGACAUACACUUUUGUUAUUAUAGGACCGGGAAGCUUCAUUACCCAACGGACGUGUGUGGUCCUUUGUUCGAGGAGGAGCUCGAGUUCUGGAGCUUGGACUCGAAUCAAGUGGAACCCUGCUGUUGGAUGACAUACACUUCAAAAAUACUCUGGGUGACCGGAAGUCUGUGUUGCGUACCAAAGCAACGCAGCUCCAGCAUUCGGCCGAAACUGGCCCAGAAAACUUGUUGGAUCUUGAGGCCCAUGAGCCUUGCCAAAAUCCCGUUUUUGCGAGACUCACUGAGCCUCACUCAAGGACAAGAAGUGCAUCGAGACACGCAGGAAACCCUGGCAGUGCUUGACAGGCUUGACCUGGAUACUGACAAGCCAAACGAGGACCUU